AUGGCGGGGACAAAUCCUAGCGGGUCCUACUCGUUUGUAAUUAGCGACCUUCUUAAUUCCAGCUGUUCGCAGUGCGUGCAGAAACUUGCAGUAGGCACAGGGCAGCGGUGGGAAUGGGCUGGCUGCUGUUCAGAGACGCAUGGAAUCACAUUUAGAAUUCAAAUCAGUGUGAAAGAACUGCUGGAUACAGAUGUACUUUUAAAGCUGUUAUUUCAUUUACCAGUCAAUUACCCAUCAACUCUACCAGAUAUUUCUGUUAACUCAGACCAGCUUACAAGGGCCCAAUGUAUGGACGUGAAAGAUAAAUUACUUGAACAAGCAAAGAAGCAUCUUUCUGAACCCAUGGUACACGAUCUGAUUCUUUGGAUACAGCAGCAUCUUAAAUAUGUCAUUAAGCAAUCAGCAACAGUUUGCAAUGAAAAAACUACUUUGUCAAAAGGAACAAGUGCAGAGGACGGUAUCUGGAUGCUCCUUUUGCAUUUAGAUCACAUGAGAGCAAAGGCAAAAUACGUCAAAACUGUGGAAAAAUGGGCUUCGGAUCUAAGGCUGACUGGAAGACUGAUGUUCAUGGGCAAGAUAAUAUUGAUUCUUCUUCAGGGUGACAGGAGCAACAUUAAGGAGUACUUGAUUCUUCAGAAAACUUCUAAGGUAGAUGUGGACUCAAGCGGAAAGAAAUGCAAAGAGAAAAUGAUUAGCGUACUGUGUGAAACAAAAGUACAGUCACAGCAUAAAAGGUUUCAGACGUUUGAAGUCAAAGAAUAUUCAACGCUGGAUGAGCUACAAAAGGAAUUUGAAACCGCAGGACUUACAACUCUCUUCUCUGAGUUUGUACCUCCUCUCUUAAAAUAAAAUUAAAAGAAAACACUGGACUCUUUGACCAAAGCUGUAUUGACUGCAGAUGCUGACGGAAGAUAAAAGGACUAAUUUGGCAAACGACGUUAAAGCUUUUCUGCAAAAAAUGCCAGAAGUAGCCGUCCUCUUGCAAGAAAGAGAAGGCAAUUCAUAGAUUAAGAAUGGAUAAUUUUUUGACAUUUAUCUAUUGAUAACUUUUUCCAAGGAAUGUGGUAAUUGCAUGGCAAGCAAUUGAGAGAUUGGGAAGAAAUCAUGUUAAAAUAAUAGUCUUCUAGGUAGACUGUGUUUUGCAAUCCCUGUUUUUCAGUGGUUUGGGUUGUCUCUCAUGGGUAGUGGCUUUUCAUAAUGGCCUGCUAGAAAGCAUGAUUAAUUUUGCUUUGAAAGCUUAUGUGAAGGUACUUGUGUAAAAAGCAUAGCAAAUGCAGAUUUGAAUAUGUGAGGAUGGCAUGUAUUUAAUAUCCCUUAGGUGUUCAUCUGCUGACUUUUCCUUCUCCAUUUAUUUGACUAUAAAUGCUAGACUGUUAAUUUAAAGGAAAAGUUAAUGUCACUUUGGGCCUGAAAAAACUUCGAAGUGUCCUUUUGAAUGUUAGUUUUUACUCUAAAGUGUAUAAAAACACCCAAGUGGAGAAUGUAAAUUGAUCAAAAAGCUAAGGUAGAGCCAAUUGUAAUAUUUUCUUUGAUAGUUUACAGAUUCCUUUUUGCACUUUAUCUGGUUUUACUGUUUGUGCAUCUUUGGAUAUCUUGAUUCAAUUAAACUGUCAGAGCAGCAC